AUGCUGCAGCUCUGCAAGGUCACGGACUCGCUGCUCAUCAGCAACGCCAAGGCGGCCUGCAGCGAGGAGCUGCUCACGCGUGAGGGAGUCACCUUCUGCGUUAAUGUCACCAGGCAGCAGCCGUUCCCCGGCCUCCAGCAGGUCCGGGGCAUGCGCGUGCCCGUGUUCGACGAUCCGGCUGAGGACCUGUAUCGGUAUUUCGAAGAGUGCAGCGACGCGAUCGAAGAGGCUGUGAAGAGCGGCUGCUUGGUUUACUGUAAGAACGGGCGCAGCCGAUCCGCUGCCAUCUGCACAGCUUAUCUGAUGAGACACCGAAAGCUCCCACUCAGGGAUGCCUUUGAGACUGUGAAGACUGCCAGACCAGCAGCAGAACCCAAUGCAGGAUUUUGGUCUCAGCUGCAGAGAUAUGAAGAAGAUUUGCAGAGAGCAAAGCAGUCUGAUCUGCUGAGCAAAGGACUUAAAAAUAGCCAUGUGUGA